AUGGAAGACGGUCAUCACCAGCGUUCUCAGCGGGCAGCUCACUUCUCUUCGCUGCCACACCAGGGAACAUAUGGAGCAGUUCAAGCACCUAUACCCGCGCCCACUACUGGCCAUUACUAUUCUGGACCGUCGCAGGACCAGCGCAUGCCGGUAGUCUUGCCGGUGACCGAAAGCACUCCCGGCACUACCGAGAUUCCAGUCGAGUCGUAUCAUUUUUCAGCGAUCGGCUAUGGUAGCCAGGCAUGGGCUGAUCAAAACGCAACCAUGCCUCCUGGAGAGUACCAUGGCAAUGCUGAUCAGUCCGCGCGUGAGGUCCCGGUAGAGGUAGCUCACCCACAUGACACUGCUUCGUAUCAGGCCACAACAUACGCACCUUUGGCAACGCCAACUUAUCCCAUGGCGCUGCUUCCAGUGCCAGUGCGUCCUCCCACGGCGUACUCGUCACAGAGCGCGACGGGCGCAGUUCGCCAACGCAGCCGUGCCGCGCGCAUGCUCUCGCGUGCCCGUGCCCACAUCGACAGUGUCCACAAAAGCAACGGCGUAGCGGAGGUCCAUUGGUCCGAGGUGGACGACGAAGGGACGUGGGUGUUGAUGUUUGUACCCGCUCAGCACCGCUAA